UUUUUUCUUUUUUAUUAUUAUUAUUAAACAAAUGCCAAGUGCUCCUGCUCGUGAACACUCAGUCGAUACCAUUCGCAGAAAUAGUGAAGUGAUGGGUAACCUGCGAAAGUUGCUGGUGGCUAAUCGUGGUGAAAUUGCCAUCCGUGUCUUUCGUACUGCCCAUGAACUCUCAAUGAAGACAGUGGCUAUCUUUUCUCAUGAAGAUAGAUUAUCAAUGCACAGAUAUAAGGCUGAUGAGUCAUACCAACUUGGCCGUGUGGGUCAAUACACACCAGUAGCCGCUUAUCUGGCGCAAGACGAGAUUGUAAAGAUUGCCAAAGAACGUGGAGUCAGUAUGAUUCAUCCUGGUUAUGGUUUUCUGUCUGAAAAUGCUGAGUUUGCCAGAAAAGUUGAAGCGGCGGGAAUCACUUUCAUUGGUCCUUCACCUGAUGUCAUUGAAAGUUUAGGCGAUAAAACAAAAGCCAGAACGAUUGCCAUGAACUGUGGGGUUCCCGUUGUACCUGGUACACCUGGUCCAGUGAGUGAAUACAGCCAAGCACAAGCCUUCAUCAAGGAACACGGGUUCCCGAUCAUCAUUAAGGCUGCCAUGGGUGGCGGUGGACGUGGUAUGCGUGUGGUACGGGAUGAAGCUAGUCUGGAAGAUGCCUUUAGCCGUGCGAAAUCUGAAGCGUUGGCUGCCUUUGGUGACGGCACUGUGUUCAUCGAGCGAUUCCUUGAUAAGCCAAGACACAUUGAAGUCCAAUUACUGGCUGAUCGUGCCGGUAACGUCGUCCACUUGUUUGAACGAGACUGCUCUGUCCAACGACGACACCAAAAGGUGGUCGAGAUUGCACCUGCCAAGAACCUCGAUAACAAGGUGCGUGAGGCAAUCCUCAAUGAUGCGAUCAAGAUUGCCAAAGCUGUCAAGUACAAGAAUGCGGGUACAGCCGAAUUCCUUGUCGACAACCAAAACAGAUACUACUUUAUCGAAAUCAACCCUCGUAUUCAAGUCGAACACACGAUUACCGAAGAGAUCACAGGUAUCGAUAUCGUCGCAGCUCAGAUCCAGAUCGCUGCUGGUGCUCUCUUGCCUCAACUCGGCCUCACUCAACAACGUAUUCGCCAACGUGGGUUCGCAAUUCAGUGCCGUGUGACGACAGAAGACCCCGAGAAGAACUUCCAACCGGACACAGGCAAGAUCGAAGUCUACCGUUCCUCUGGUGGUAACGGUGUCCGUCUGGACGGUGGUGCCGGGUACGCAGGUGCUAUCAUCACCCCACAUUAUGAUUCGUUAUUGGUCAAGGUCUCCUGCUCGGGAUCUACUUAUGAAGUGGCACGUCGCAAGAUCGUGAGAGCCCUUGUUGAAUUCAGAAUUCGUGGUGUCAAGACCAAUAUCCCCUUCUUGCAACGUUUGCUCACUCAUGAUACAUUUAUCAACGGUAACUGCUGGACCACCUUCAUUGAUGAUACUCCCGACCUUUUCCGCCUCGUUCAGUUCCAGAACCGUGCUCAACGUCUCCUCGGUUACCUCGGUGAUAUCGUCGUCAAUGGAUCUCAGAUCAAGGGGCAGAUCGGCGAACCUUCAUUCAAACAGGAAAUCGAAGUACCUGUGUUGCGUGAGAGUGGAAGUGAUAAGACGGUCGAUGUGUCCGCUCCUGCGACAGAAGGUUGGAGAAAGAUCAUUGUGGAACAAGGUCCUGAAGCCUUCGCCAAGGCUGUCCGUGCUUACCCUGGUGUGCUCAUUACGGAUACAACCUGGAGAGAUGCUCAUCAAAGUUUAUUGGCAACCCGUGUGAGAACAAUCGAUCUCUUAAGAAUUGCUCCUGCUACCUCUCACGCUUUGGCCAACGCCUUCUCACUCGAAUGCUGGGGUGGUGCAACCUUUGAUGUAGCCAUGCGUUUCCUUCAUGAGGAUCCUUGGGACAGAUUAGCUGCUCUUCGUAAGUUGGUGCCCAACAUUCCUUUCCAGAUGCUCUUGCGUGGUGCCAAUGCAGUCGGAUACACCUCUUACCCAGACAAUGUCGUUUACGAAUUCUGUGACAAGGCAGUCAAGUGUGGUAUGGAUGUCUUCCGUAUCUUUGAUUCAUUGAACUAUGUCGAGAACAUGAGAUUGGGUAUUGAUGCUGUCAAGAAGGCAGGUGGUGUCGUGGAAGCUACUAUCUGUUAUACUGGUGAUGUAUCCAACCCCAACCGUAAGAAGUAUGAUCUCAAGUACUAUCUCGACUUGGCCGAAACACUCGUGAAGGAAGGUAUUCAUAUCUUGGGUAUCAAGGACAUGGCUGGCCUGUUGAAGCCUGAGGCUGCCAAGCUGUUGAUCUCUAGCAUUCGUGCCAAGUUCCCUGAUUUACCUAUUCAUGUUCACACACACGACACAGCCGGUACAGGUGUCGCAAGUAUGAUGGCCGCUGCUGCUGCAGGUGCUGACAUUGUUGAUGUCGCCAUUGACGCCAUGUCAGGCACCACCUCACAACCCGCCAUGGGUGCAAUUGUCGCCGGUUUGGAACAAACUCAUCUAGGCACAGGUAUUCGCAUGGAAGACGUACAUGCCAUUAACUCAUACUGGGAACAAUGCCGUCUGUUGUACUCUUGCUUUGAAGCCAACGUGCGUUCUGCUGACUCUGGUGUCUAUGAUCAUGAAAUGCCCGGUGGUCAAUACACCAACUUGAUGUUCCAAGCUGCUCAACUCGGUUUGGGCACUCAAUGGAAGCAGAUCAAGAAGGCCUACACAGAGGCUAAUGCACUCUGUGGUGAUCUCGUCAAGGUGACUCCCUCUUCCAAGGUCGUUGGUGACCUCGCUCAGUUCAUGGUAUCCAACAACUUGACUGCCAAGGAAGUUGAAGAACGCGCCUCUUCUCUCUCCUUCCCUACCUCUGUCAUCGAAUUCUUCCAAGGUUACCUCGGUCAACCUUAUGGUGGAUUCCCUGAACCCUUACGCACAAAUAUCAUCCGCGACUUGCCUCGCCUCGACGGCCGACCUGGUGCCACUUUGCCUCCCCUCGACAUGGCCAAGCUCAAGGAAGAACUUGUUGAAAAGUACGGUUCAAGCAUCCGUGAUUACGAUGUGAUCUCUGCUGCAUUGUAUCCCAAGGUCUUUGCCGAAUACAAGGAUACAGUCAACCAGUACGGUGAUCUCUCUGUCCUGCCCACACGUUACUUCUUGUGCAAGCCCGAGAUCAAUGAAGAGUUCCAUGUAGAGAUUGAAGAAGGCAAGACCUUGAUCAUCAAGCUCUUGGCUGUAGGUCCUCUCAACAACGACGGUAAGCGUGAUGUGUACUUUGAACUCAAUGGUGAGGCUCGUGUCGUCGGUAUCGUCGAUCGUAACUCGGCUGUCGAGAUCGUCACUCGUGAAAAGGCUAGCGCCUCUAAUCCUGGUGAUAUUGGUGCCCCCAUGUCUGGUGUUGUCGUUGAAAUCCGUGCUAAGGAAGGAAGUCAUGUCAAGGCAGGUGAUCCCUUGGCUGUGCUCUCAGCCAUGAAGAUGGAGACUGUUGUCACUUCUCCUGUUGCUGGUAAAGUCGAGCGUGUGGCCGUGAACGAGGGUGAUUCGCUAUCAGCUGGAGAUCUCGUUGCAAAGAUUAUCAAGGAUGCUUAGGUCUUUUUUUGUUGAUUACCUUUUUUAGAAAUAAACUUUACACAUAUCUUAUCUUUGUAGUACAUAGAAAUUGUGGAGAUUCUUUGCUUGUUGUCCUGCCAACAGAUCUGUCUGAUAAGGAUUCAAUAUUAUUCAGCUUUAUUAUGCAUCCAAAAAAAGAAAGUAAAGAUGGCAACUGAUUGUGUCUAUGCUCAGAUAAAUGACGAUAUACUAUAUUUACUAAAUUGAUCGCAUUGCUGAUAAAAGAAGGAGUG